AUGAACUAUAAUAACGCUAAUAACACUAAAAUUCAAACCCCAAAGGUUCAAGCCGAUACCAUUAAAGUACCGAAUCCUAAUAACAAUGAUGAAAAUAUGAAUAGUUUUAAUAUACAAUACACCAUGAAUGCUAUGAAUGGUAAAUUGAAUCAGAUCGCGUUACAUUCUCCUCCUAAAAGUAUUAAAUGUACCUCGAAUAGUAUCAACUCCGAAGUUUCAAAUGCAGAAAAAAGUAAUAUGAAUGUUCCGAAAACUUCAAGAGGUAUCGUUAUGUCAGCGGUUGUCAUCCCAGAAGAUCCACAGGAGUCAAUGCCUUUAAUAAGAGGAACAAGUUAUUUUGUACCCGGACAAACACAACUCAAAACCAUCGACGACGAGGGAAUCAAAAUGAUGAAAAGCGGUAACAAGAUAUUAUUGCCCAAGUUAGAGGGGACAAGAGGGUUCGUUGUUCAGGGACCUUCACAAGUCCUAAUGCAAACGACCAACAAAAUGAUAGGUAUGGAAGAAGAAAUGCUUGCACCAAAACCCGAAUAUUCGUACGCCUCAAUGAUCUGUCAAGCGAUCUUUGCAUCGUCUGAAAAGAAAUCCACCCUAUCAGAGAUAUAUGAAUGGAUAUGUACCACUUAUCCAUUCUUUAAGAGGAAUCAACAAGGUUGGAAGAAUUCAAUUCGACACAAUCUCUCCUUGAAUGCAGCGUUUGUGAGGGCCUCACGUGGCGAAGGAGCCACCGGAAAGGGGGGAUAUUGGACAGUUGAUCCCAUAUUCGAACGUUAUUUCGUAAAUGGACAUUUCAAACCUCCGGGUAAUGAAACAAAGAACGCUUACAAGAGAGCAAGGUCAGACGAAAAUGAAAUAACGCCCAACACCACAAAUUCCACCCACCAUAAAAAUGGAAGCGCAACACAAAAAGUUCGAGAGAAGUUACCACGAGCUAGAAAUAAUAUUGAAGCAACGGUUCAAAUCGCUCAACCAAGAAGAGGAGAGACCGCGCCUUCAAAAAAAAAGGUUAAAGUUGAAAGAAUAAUGGAAAACGUGAAUAAGGUGACAGAAAAAAUAAACAAUGAUAAUAGGGCCAAGGGACUUUCUGCAGGAUCUGAAGAACUAAAAGACCAAGAGGACAACAAAGAAACAGUUAUCCGAAAGCUUGUGGAAGGAUGUGAAUCCGUCUAUCACAGAUACUACAAUGGCAAUGAACCAAACUGGCAAGAGGACGCCGCGUUUUUCGCAUCGUUCAGUCCAUUCCUAUCCUGUAAUGGAUAUUUUUUUUAA